AUGUAUUUUAUUCGUAAAAUUGGUUUCAGAUGUUUUUUAUUUCUUACUUUUAUUUUAAAUGCUUUAACUUUAUAUGUUAAUAGUAUUAUUUCUACUCCUAUUAUUCCUGUUUAUAUUCCCGGUAAUAGUAAUAUUACUCAUAUUAGUGCUAUUAAUAGUUCUGCUGUUGAUAUUACUAAUAGCUCUUCUGAUAAUAGUUCUGCUGUUCCUCCUCCUGCUAAUAUUACUUCUUCUGAUAAUAGUUCUGCUGUUCCUCUUCCUGCUAAUAUUACUUCUUCUGAUAAUAGUUCUGCUGUUGAUAUUCCUCCUCCUGCUGCUAAUAUUACUCAUACUGGUACUACUAAUAGCCCUACUAUUUAUAUUGGUACUAAUCAUCUUAAUACUACUAAUACUUUACCAACUGGUAAUCUCACAGGAGGAAAUAGUACUUUACAAGGAAAUAGCACAACAUCAGGAAAUAAUACUUUACAAUCAAAUGGUACUUCAAAAGAAAAUUUUAAUUCACAGGCAAGAUACGGACAUACAUCGAAUCUUAUAAAUCAAAAAAUAUACGUUAUUGGCGGGAAAAAUGCAACUGCAUUUACCAAUGAUGCGCUUGUACUGGAUUUUUCAUCAAAUUCUUUGGAUACUAUUGUCAUCAAUAUAAAUAGUGUUAGCCUGAAUUUUUCUGUUGCGUGGGGAACUUCUGUUGAUGAUGGUACUAACAUUUUUUAUUUUGGCGGCGUCACAUCCAAUAAUAACCUAAAUGCGAAAAUCAUCCAAUUCGAUACAGAACAAAACCAGUUAUCAUCCAUCACCUUUGAUGCUUUAAAUCCACCGAGUGCACGACGCGGCCUAAAUUCGGUCCUUGAAAAUGGAAGAUGGCAUAUAUAUGGCGGAUCUAGCAACAUUGAUGAUGACCCUUAUAGCUUGAUGCCAAACAACGAUACUUUUGUACAUUAUUUAACGUUAAAAACAAAAAAGUUUACAGAUCUAAGCACAUAUUUAAAAACUCGAUUUGACUAUACAGCGACGAUAUUAGGAAAUAAUAUUAUAUAUAUUGGUGGUCAAACAACCAGUGGCUUUAUUGGCAUGGAAGAAAUUUGGAUGUUUCAGACAGAUGAGAUGCAAUGGUUACUGUUAAAUAACCUAUCUAAUCCCGCCCUGGUACCAAACCGUGGUGGUCAUACUGCUGUAAAAUUAAGCAACAAUAGUCUUUUGAUAUAUGGUGGAUAUUCGGAUCCUAAUUCAGUUCGAAUGAACAAUAAUAAUGCUGUUGCAUUAUUUAGCCUUCAAAAUUAUAAAGACUUCAUUUGGACUUUGCCAAUCAUUUCAUAUCAAAAUCCAUUGUAUCAAAAUCAACCGAUACCCUAUUGGCAUACAGCAACAAUCUACAAUAACAAUAAUUAUAAGUAUAUGAUAGUCGCUUAUGGUAAAUUCGAUACUACGAUCAAUAAUACUCAACUGAUGGCUAUGCCAGUAACUAUACUUAAUGUCAGUAAUGAUAUUUCGAUGCAAUGGGUUCAAUUAAUAAUAACCCAAUCACCAGAUGUACCUGAAAAUCGAAAAAUUAAUAUAGGGUUAAUAAAACAAAAAGUAUUGAAAGAUGAUCAAAUUCAAGAUUCUAAUGAAGUUAUUCAAGCCACGCAAAAUUUACCCGAAAUGAUACAAGAAUCGAAUUCUAUCAACCCAGAAAUGAUUCAUCAGUCAGACGAUAACGAAAUUGUGCAAUCGCAUCAAUUACCUGAGAAGAUCGCAAAAAAUAAUGCACUUCUGGAAUUAUCAUCAAAUGAUAAUAUUUUGAAUUUGAUAGUUUUUAUCAAUCAAUGUUAA